GCAAGCAAACCCACCCUCGUCCUCGUCGUAUCUCAGAUCUCGUCCUCACCACAUCACACUGUACCCUUCUCAUUGCCGCUGCAGCCAGAUCUAGAGCGGCUGCAAAAGCGGCGAUUGUGGGCGCGACAUUGCCCCCGGCCAUGGUGAACUUGGCGGAGCCGUUGCCUGCGGCUUUCCCAUCGGAUCUCACCAAGGAAGGUGGCACUAGGGAGGCGGGCCACGGGGCCGCGGAGGUAGAUCCAACGCCGUCGAGUGCCCACCGAGGGAGGCUGAUGUCGCUGCCAUCGAUGCUCAAGCCCUGGGGGAGCCAACGACGGCUGCGGUGCGUUCCCGUUAACCGCCAUGGUGAAACCAUCGCCCCGGACACGGGGUCCUCCUCGAAUCAGCAAUAUGAGGUCAGCGAGAGGCUACAGCUUGGCCUUGGCGAGGUGGCAGAGGCAUCGGGCACCAGCAACCCCGCAGUCAACAAGUACCCUGAGGUCACCGAGGCGGUUUCUCCACAGCCGUUGAAGGCACGCCCUGGCCGCCCGCGUCGCCUUGCUAUGCCAUCCCUCGUGGCCACGACCGCCGUGAGUGCGUCGCAGCAGGCGUUCGAGCGUGAGCGGCGGUCGGUCCGCGCGGAUGCGCUCAAGAGGCCGCGAUUCUCCGUAUCACUCUCCACGGAGGAGAUUGAGGAAGACAUCUACGGCCUCACCGGUGCACUCCCGCGUAGCCGCCCUCGCCGUCGGCCCCGCAAAGUGCAAAAGCAGCUCGAUCUGCUAUUUCCCGGCGCGCGGUUAUCGCAGAUCAACGUGGAGUCCUACCGGGUGCCGGACAAUCGCUGACCCUGUCAACUCAAUAAGCGCCUCCACCCAACAGUAAGCAAGCAAAGUGAAUUCGCAGAUCACAAUUCACAUCCAAUUCGGUGCUGCCAUUGUUAGCUACAUAAUCCAUUGAUUAAUUGUUCCGAAGAGUCAGAGUUGGUAUGUAUGGAUCCCACCAGGAAACUAGUUGUAAGCAGCAAGUGAUGACUUGUUAGUGAUUUUUAAUUUUGAGUUGUACUCAGUGAUAUUCAUUUCCAUAAUAGCACCAGUGGUUGUUCGUUACUUUGGUAUCAUCAGCAAUUGGAAGGACGUAAUGUGGUGUACUAGUAA